AACAUCGAUCUGUGCACCUCGAAGUCAAAGUAGAUGUUACUGUUAUUAAAUUUCAAUAAUUAAAAUACCCAAUAUCUGAUUCAGUUUUGUGACAGUUCGUAUUGUUGUGUCUAAAUGAGUAACAUGUGCUGUGUCUGUAUACUUUUAGGAUGCUAUAUUUUGCAAGACUCUUGGUCAUUUCUAUGUUCCAGCUGGUGAUAGGAUCACAGCUAAGUACUUUGGUUUGUCCUACUGCUUGGGAAUCUCAUGGAUUGAAAUGUUAUAAAAUGUCUCAUCAAGUUUCUAACUUUUUGAAUGCAAAGAAUUACUGUCAUGAUCAAAAUGCUGAGGUUAUUAUGCCGAAAACAGUAGAAGAAAACAGAAUAGUGAAAAAGCUGCUUGACCAGGUCAAGUUUAAGAACCAUAGUGAGUGGAAUGGAAUUUGGGUUGGACUAACCGAUGAUGAAUAUGAGGGAACAUGGAUUUGGAAUGAUGGCACACAACUAGAUUCUGCCUAUACUGACUGGAAUACUGAACCACGCAAUGAACCAGGAGGGGGAAGUGUAGAGAAUUGUGUAAUUAUUCAUAAGGAAGUAAAAAAAUGGCAUGACGUUGAAUGUAGUGGAAGUAAUUAUUACAGUGCAGUUUGUCAGCUAAAAGAUAUGAUAGUCAACGAGGGUGAAAGCGUCAAUCUUACUUGCGGCGUCAGUAACCUACAGACUAAAUGGACCAGAUCUGUAAAUGAUACAAGUGUGAUAGUGUCUGAAUAUACAAAUGGUUUGACGUUGCCAAAUCUUAUAUUAAAUUCUGUUAAAUGGUCUGAUCAAGGAAGUUACGAAUGCAGUUUUACCAAUGCCACAGGAUUACUUGAAACCAUACUCACAAGACUCUUUGUAAAUACCUCAACGGAAAUAUGUCCUUGCCGAUGUGAAUACAGAAGAAAACUGGAAUAUUGGGUGUCAAAAUUACCGCAAAAUCAAACAAUUGAGGAAUUGAAGAAAGAGUUAGAGCCAGUCAUCAGGCAGAUUCAAGAACAAUUAAAAGUAAACAAAACCGAGCUAUCAUCAACUAUCCGCAAACUAACAUCGGCUAAAGACGAACGCAAGUCAUCUCAUACAAUUGGUUUUGUUGGUGCGGUAUUCAUCUCUGUCAUUUUCGGAACUGUCUUAUUCAUAGACCUAGUAAUGUUUCGACAGCACAUUAAUAACAUUAGGAAAAUAUAUGGUCGUUAGAAGAAAGAAUUGGAAAAAAGUAACCAGGAAAUGGAACCAUGAACACUAUAAUACUUCAAUAGAGGUAUAAAAGAAUCGAUAACUUUAAGAGUUUUGUUGAAAUCAAUUUGAUAGGAUUUUCAAUUUUGUACAUAAGGCGUUGUAAAAUCAUAUAUGUUUUUCUUGUCACUGUUAGGCUUUUUAAAAAGAUGAGUAAAAUAGGGUAGUUAAAGAUUAAUCUUAUUAAGGGUGAAAUACGUACGAAUAAAAAACCAAAAUCUUCUAUAAUACCUUGGUUUUUAUUAUUAUUACAAACCUGUGAGUGCAUUUUUGAUUGUUAUUAAACGCAAAAUAAUUAUCUAAGAUACCUUGGACGAUCUCAUUAAAUAAAAGAUCUCUUUUA